GGCACACACGAUAUCAAACAAUUAAAGGAAUUUGUCAAGGCUUGCAUUGUCUUCACGAUGGUGGUAUUGCUCAUCUAGAUCUCAAACCGGAGAAUAUACUAUUUGAUGAGAAAAUGGUUCCGAAAAUAUUGGACUAUGGUCUUUCAAGAGUCUUUAGUGAAGAGAUAAGACAAACUGUUCUUAAUAACAUUGAUGGAUCACUGGCAUACAUGGCAACGCCAGAAUACAAGACUGGUGGAGAAAUCACACUUAAGUCUGACAUAUAUUGUUUGGGGGUUAUAAUUAUGCAGAUAGUAACUGGACAAAGCAAAAAGAACUACCCAAAUAUAGCAAGUAUAGUUGAAAGUUGGAGAAGUAGGUUGGAAUUAAAUGCAUCGAAGGGCAGGCACACAUUUGAAACAUGUUACCAGCAAGUGCAAGUAUGCAUUGAGAUAGGGAUACGCUGCAUGGACGAUGACCCAGGGAAAAGACCCGUUACACGGUAUAUCGUCAAUAAGCUUGAUAACAAGGAAACGAAACAGUCAAUCAGAUGUGGCAUGGUGCUUAAGCUGGAAAUCAACGGCAAGCGCUGCAUAUCAUCGUUCAUCCUGAGGAUUGCGUCAAAGCUCGAAGGGAUAAAGUCGAUGACAGUUGACGAGGAGAAGAGCACGCUGAUGGUUGUGGGGACCGUGGAUGUGGUGAAGCUCGUGACGGUGCUGCGCAAGGCGAAGCACCUGGCGCAUGUAAUUACGGUGGGAAGUGCAGAGAACGUGGUGUACCAGUCCGACAGCAUCGACGUCCACGACCAAGAGUCCGACUCCUGCACCAUCAUGUGA